AUGGCGGCCCUCGCAGACGGAGAGCAAGUGUACGCGACACUCCUGUUGACGGAUUCGUACCUCCCAGGCACGCUCGUCCUUGCGCACUCGCUUCGCGAUGCCGGCACGUCACGGAAACUCGUCGCCUUCUUCACCCUCGACAGCGUCUCCGCCGACUCCAUCACGCAGCUCCGCGCCGUCUUCGACCAUGUCGUGCCCGUCCCGCGCAUUCGCAACGAGCAGUCCCCCGCGAACCUCUACCUGAUGAACCGCCCGGACCUCGACUCAGCCUUCACCAAGAUCAACCUCUGGAAGCAGACGCAGUUCUCCAGGAUCGUCUACGUUGACGCCGACGUCGUCGCCUACCGCGCGCCGGACGAGCUGUUUGCCUUGCCGUCGGGCGCCACCUUCGCCGCCGCGCCCGACAUUGGCUGGCCGGACCUCUUCAACACCGGCGUCAUGGUGCUGACGCCCAACAUGGGCGACUACUACGCCCUCCUCGCCAUGGCGGAGCGCGGCAUCUCGUUUGACGGCGCAGACCAGGGCCUGCUGAACAUGUACUUCAAAAACACCGUCCAUCGCCUGUCCUUUACCUACAACGUCACGCCUUCAGCGCAUUAUCAAUAUCUGCCUGCAUAUCGCCAUUUCCAGUCUAGCAUUAAUAUGGUUCAUUUCAUAGGCCCAAAUAAGCCUUGGUUUGAGGGCCGCCAUGCUUUGCACGGCGAUUCGCCAUAUGGUGAAAUGGUCGGUCGGUGGUGGUCAGUCUAUGAUCGCCACUACCGUACACAGCAUGAAUCCGGUAACUCGAUUGGUCAUGGUGGAACGGCGCCACCCCAAAUCCAAAUCACAUACGCUUCUCCGCAACAAGAGCCGCAGCCAUCACCGCACCAACACAGCACAAUGCCGUUGCCUCAGACAGAUACACAGAGACAGACGUAUCAUAAUGGACAAUCAACAGCGGCUCAACCUCCUCAACCGCCAGCGUCGUCGCCUGUGUCUCAAGUCUCUCAUGCCAAUGCCAACGCCCAAGAGGCGGUUAAGAAGAAGGCCCAUUCGCGCGAUCAGAGCUGGGACGCUCAGAGGCAACCCCCUCCCAUAGAUUCGAAGCCAGAGGCCGAGAACUUCCCAAAUACCCAUUACACCAUGUCCCAAGACGUGAAGCCUUUCGUACCCCCCGCAAGGUACCCGAGCCCACCCAAGGACAUGUGGUAUGAGGUUCCCAAACAACGCCCCGCGCCAUCUACGCAGCCUCCCAGAGUGAUAUUCCCCUGGGAGAGCCAACAGCCGCAGGCAUCCCGCGCGUUCCCCGCCAUACCCGACGAGCCCCCGGCCCCCAAGGAUCGUCCAGUCGAGACGCAAGCGCCGCAGGGUACUACCGCCCAAGUCGACUCGGUCCCGACCAAGCCCUCCGCCGCGACCACAUCUGCGCCGUCCACGAGCAUAUGGAGCUCCUUCACCCUGGUCAACGCGUGGGACGACGUGCCCGAGAUCAACCGGUACGUCGAGCGCACCACCCGCCGGCACCGUCGCGGCAAGAGCUCGCCGGCCAGCGUGCCACCGGCAGCCUCCAAGCGCAGCGGUUUCGACGUGCCCGAACCGACGACUCCUCAACAGAAGCAACCCGCCGACACCGGGGCCAGCUUCCGCAGCCUCAGACUCACAGACUUCCCCACAGAGGUCGAGCGCCCAAGCCUUCCCGUCACGCCCGCGCCUGUCCGCCGGCCGUCGUUCUGGGGUGACGACAAGGAGGGUGCCGCCGGGAGCAAGGAUGGUGCAGCCAUGACGGUGCCGACUGCGGAAGGGGUCCCUGCGCAAUAUGAUUGGGACCCGUCGGAGCAAUUGCAAAAGCUCGCUGCCCAGCACUCCGAGGAGCUCCUGCGGCGGCUCUCCGGCGCGGACAGCGAGUCUCUCGGCAUGUUCAACCCAUCCCCGCCACUGCCGGCGUCGUCCUCUCCUCCAGCGACGGUCGCCUCACCCUCGCCGACGAGUAGUCCCCCGGUUCUUAGCCCGACGCCUAUGAAGCCGACCGAGACUACGCCCAGGGCCCUCCAGCAUCUCCCAAGCGGCAGCAUCGGCAGCCAAACCGACUGA